UUACACAAGGUAUACAGUUGAAAACUGUUGGGGAGACAUUGUAACCAAAAGACUAGUCAUUCCUUUCAUAUUUCUUUGAUGUGAGAUCUUUGUUCUUCACACUCACAAGGGAAACAUACUUCAACAAAACCACAAGCAUUUCACAGGAUGAAAUUGGCUAGCUUCACUCCCAUUUCCUAUUUCCUCCUCUUAUGCUGCAGCAUGUUCUGUUCCCCAUACUUCCAUAACUCAUUUGUUGUCGGAACAAGACCUCCAUCAACAUGCUCAGGUCCUGCACAAGGAUACAGGGGCAUGCUGGUAGCCCCUCGAUAUGGACCCUGCUCGCCAGUGGGUCAUGAGAAAUCAUAUGCUGUUUCUACCCAAAUUCUUCACAAAGACAAACUAAGGGUCCGAUUCAUCAAUACUUUAGCAUUCUCUCGUAAGUAUGUGCUUGAUGCUCAUGGAAAAAAGACACAUCAACUCCGUAUUCCUGGCAAAGGCUUGGGUGCUGGGAACUACGUUGUCACCCCUGGUGUCGGCACUCCUGCACGUGAUUUCAAAUUGACUAUUGACACUGGCAGCCACGACACCUGGAUAAGAUGUGAACCAGGACUGAAAUCUUCAUCAACAUUCCGCAAAUUACCCUGCGAUAAUAAUUGCACCAAUUCCAUUAAAUACUUUGAUGGUUCCAAAGUUGAAGGAUUCUGGGCAUCUGAUACCCUCACAAUUUCGCCCUCUUACUCGAUCAAACAGUUUAAUUUUGUUUGUGUUAACCGAACCAAAAUAAACGGGCUGCUAGCACUUGGACCAGGUGAUAAUUCUCUUGCAACUCGGACAAAUGUGUUUUGUCACUGCCUCCCUUCCGAAGAUGCAACAGGGUAUCUUCUGUUCGGCCCUGAAGCUCGUGAAAUUUGCCGAGUUGGGAAAUUCACACCGCUCAACCCACAAGAAGACAGUGGCAGAUAUUUGGUAAACUUUGUUGGAAUAAGCGUUGGCAACAAAACAUUGAAGAUUUCUCAUGCAACAUCAUCUUCACCAGGCACUAUGAUAGACUCCGGAACUGUCAUUACUCGCCUUCCACUGCCAGUCUAUAAACAAUUCCGCACAGUUUUCAGAAAACUCAUGGAGGAAUACAGCCUUGUUAAGCGACCCCCUAGCGAGGAUCUCUUGGAAACAUGUUAUGAGCUCAAGGGGUACAAAUACAGUACCGUGAAAAUCCCUGCUGUGGUAUUGCAUUUUGAGAAUAUAGAUAUCAAUUUGGACGGAUCACAAGUUCUUUGGAAAGAAGGAAAGUCUCCGGUUUAUUGCUUGGCUUUUGCAGGAAACAAAAAUGAUGACCAUAUGGUGAUUAUCGGUAACCACCAGCUGCAAAAGCUGAAUGUUCUGUAUGAUAUCCAGAAACGUAGCAUGGGAAUCGGGCCCGGUAACUGUGGUUGAUGAUGCCCAGAAAAUCAGAUGGGAACCUGAAUAGUAGUUGUUUUUGCAAGAUUAAUUUGGAUCAAUUUCUGCUUCUUCUUUUUUUUUUUUUUCACUUCCUUUCCUCUGUUUUUCAUGCUAAAGAAAGAUUGGAACAAUUAUAAAUGAAGAAGUCCAAUGUAUCUUUCUUUUUUAAGAUAUUUAAUAGAAAUUCAUUACAUAG